AUCAACCAAUCAGAAUGCCCAGUUCUUUAUUUACAUCAUGGCUGCCAAACAGGAUACAGGGAUUGAAAAUGAAAACAAUAUCCAAGCAUGGAAACGCAAGACAGAGAAGGCAAAGAAAUCAGAAAUCCUUAAAGAACUCAAUAAACUGCGUGUACAGAUUGUCGCUCUUGAUAGAGAAAAAUCAACUCAUCUAUAUAGCAAGAGAAAUGACUUCCGGCAAGAUUUUCUUCCACUGCAAGAAAUGGAAACAAAGGCUACAGAGAGUAGAAAGACAGAACAAAUCAAGUUAAAACAGCAGCUUGAGAAGAUCAGCCAUAUGGUGAAGAGAUUUCAUACAGAACUCAAGGAUGUGAAGCCCACACCAGAGUUUGUAGAAAAGCUGAAAAUCAUUAUGGAAGAAAUCGAAAGCACAAUAAAUGCUUUUAAGGAACAGCAGAGAAAACAGUAUGAGGAGUUGAUGCGAGAUGAACGGACAACUACACAGGAGAUACUGGCUCUGGACAAGAAGUUUGAGGCAUGGACUCAGAUGGGGGAUGAGCUACCAUCCACCAGGAAGGCUGCCCCUGGUGCUCCAUUAACUAGUGCUAGGGAUAUUACCAAGGAUCUACCCCCAGAGGUUGCUGUAUUUGAGAAAUUUCUUGAGCAAACUGGAGGUGUACGAGGUGGAUGGGAUGAGUAUGAUCAUCAGACAUUCCUGAAGUUUAGACAUAGGAACAAGGGCCGACCAAGCUUCCUACAGCAAUGUCUCAUAGCUAUACCAACCCGCACGGAGGAAGAAAUCACGAAUCAUGAGGAAUGGUACCAAACUUAUCUGGACAUGAACGAGAGUAAGAAAGAAAGUAUACGCAAAUGGAAGGAAAGAAAACAGAGGGAAAAAGAUGACCUAGUAUCGCUAGCUGAUGACAACCUCAACAGCAAAAAGAAGAGGGAAGAGGAAAAGCAGCAAGUAAUGAAAGAAAAAAUGGAAAAUGAGAAAAUGGAAAGAUUUUCAAAACUGAAUGCAUGGAAGGUUCAGAAAGAAAUUGAAAGGACAGAAGCAGAGGAAAAAUUACUGAGAUCACAACUUGAAAAUUCAAAGAAAAAAGAUGACUUCAAAAAAAGACAGACAGAGAUGAAGGCCCAGGUAGAGGAAUACAGGAAAAAGAGAGAAGAAGAGGAGGAAUUUGUACGUAUUCAACAGGAAGAAUGGGAACAAGAACAGAAAGAAAGACAGAAGCAAAUAUCGGCUAGAGAAAUAACCAGGUUUAGACAGAGGGAUCAGAAAUCUUUGGUUGAAAAAUUGAAGAAAGAUAGAUUAAAAGAAGAGGAGCAGAGGGAGAAAGAAAAGCGCUUAGCCCGAUUAAAAAGUCAGGUGGAAAUAGAGAUCGAUCGGGACCCAAACAGACUUCUACAGCCAACUGCUGGGUGGAAGUCAAGGACCAAGGAGAUCGGCCCAAGUGGCUCAGGUCAGGUGAUGCACAUGCAGCACAGAGCUAUUCCUUCAUGGCGACAAGGUUUACAUUGAAAGUACAAAUGUUCCUCAGCCCCUAAACCUGGACUGACUCUACAACAGUGAAGGGACCAAAAUCUCUCAACAUUGAAAAAAAAAAAUCCUGUGAUAUGUUUUCAUCGUAAAUAAAUUUACUAACUGAAA